AUCCAUGGGCUAUCUGUCAAAAUUGUUAAAGUCAAAUUGUCAAAGACGAAUCCAAAAUUUCGCCUCAUCUUUCGAAUUUUGCAUUGACAACCUAACCUGAUUUAUUUAUUGGAAAACGGCAGAGUAGAAAUUACAUUACAUUUAUAAAUAAAAUGAUAUAAAUCAGUAUCCAUUACAAUGUAUAGAAAUAUCGCAAAGUUUUUAAGAAACGUCGGGCGUGACUUCAGGUCGACUAGAUCAUUCAGUAAUAAAAUUGAUGCAAGCGAAAAUGAGCCUAUCAAAUUUUCUACUAGCCAAGCUUCAAGAAAGUCAGCCAGACCUUUAGUUAAAAGAGUAGAUUUAGAUAUGCCCUGGUACCAGCCUUUUUCAGUGGUUGGUAGUGUUGCAGUAUUCUUAAUAUACUUCUGUGUGCUACGGGAAGAAAAUGAUAUAGAUCUUGAAUUUAAUAAAACACUUUAUGACAGAAUAAAGGGUCUAGAAAAAGAGCAACUUUUGCAAUCAUAUAGAUUUAACAAGGAGCAUGGCAAAAGUGUUGAUGAGAUAGAAAGGAGACUAAAGGAAUUAGAUGAACAAGAAAACAAAGUCAUUGUGCCCGUUGCUGAGUAAGUGAAUUUGUAACAAUAUUAUUAUAGAUUACUUGACUUGAUUAUUUAAAUGUAGCUAGCAUUUCGAUUAUUAUAUAAACAUUGUUUAAUGUCUUGUUAAGUGUGUAAGGAGACACUAUACAUAGACUAUUAGGUAAAUAAACAAUACCAAACUAUUA